CGUGUCUAAACGUGGCACCACUGUUGCUCUAACGUGACUGAAACCUCAUCCUUUCGGAUUUCGUUUUCACUUUUCUCUGUUAGGCAUUUUAUCGAAUACGUAGAUACCCCACCAAAUUCAUUUAACGAAAACGAGGGGUUUUAGGCAUUUUAAGCCAAUUUGUAGUUUGACUUCAUAUUGAAGCUCUCUCUCGGUUCAGAAGAAAAGGAAAAGAAAGGGCGAGAGAGGUGGGAAGGAGGAUGAUGAUGAUGGCCUUAUCUACUUUCAUUUCCUCAUCUCCUAAUCUAUCUUUCCCGAAGAGACGCACAAGCCCACAACCGUUUCGCUGCUCUUCCUCCUCGCUUGCUAUGUCUUCGCCAAAAUUUGAUCUUCGUACUUACUGGACAAACUUAAUCGGGGAGAUCAAUAACAAGCUCGACGAAGCAAUUCCUAGUCGAUACCCCGAACAGAUCUAUGAGGCCAUGCGGUACUCGGUCCUCACUGAAGGUGCUAAACGUGCUCCUCCUGUCAUGUGCGUCGCUGUCUGCGAACUCUUUGGAGGCGAUCGUCUUGCAGCUUUCCCCACUGCCUGCGCCCUCGAGAUGGUUCACGCUGCUUCCCUGAUCCACGACGACCUGCCGUGCAUGGACGACGAUCUAGUCCGCCGAGGCCGGUUAACCAACCACGCAGUUUACGGCGUCGACAUGGCCAUCCUCGCAGGCGACGCUCUCUUCCCUCUGGGUUUCCGCCACAUCGUUUCUCACACCCCAUCGGAUCUUGUCCCAGAGACCCGUCUCCUCCGGGUGGUGGCCGAGAUAGCCCGUGCCGUUGGAUCCACCGGAAUGGCAGCGGGUCAGUUUUUAGAUCUGAAUGGUGAAGACACCGCCAUCGAAUUCGUCCAUGAGAAGAAGUUCGGGGAAAUGGCUGAGUGCUCCGCCGUGUGCGGUGCGUUGCUGGGCGGUGCCGCUGAAGAUGAGAUAGAGAGAUUGAGGAGGUACGGUCGUACAGUCGGAGUUCUUUAUCAAGUGGUGGACGACGUCCUGGAGGAGAAAGCGAACAGGGAACAAGGCCAAGAGUGGAAGAAGCAGGGGAAGAGCUAUGCCGGUGUGUAUGGGACGGAGAGGGCUUUGGAAUUGGCCGAAGAGCUUCGAAGCAGGGCUAAGCGAGAGCUGGAUGGGUUUGCCAAGUAUGGAGAGGGCGUGAUCCCGCUUUAUAGUUUCGUGGAUUAUGCGGUGGAUAGGGAUUUUGCCGUUGGUGUUGUUGAUAAUGCAACUGUAUCUGUUGUUGAUAGGGCAUCGGCUUCUUCCUAGUUGUAAUAUUUCUCUUCAAUGACCAAAAAAACAAAAGACUAUAGGACUAUAGGUUUGCAUUAUGUGAUUUCUGCCCCCUUCUUUCCUUUUCCCUUCCCUGUGGCUCCCUGUUGGUUGCAAGUAAGAGGAAGGUAAUGAAAAUGAAAUUGGCUUUGAAAAGGAA